UAUUUCCGGUAUAGUGUCAUCCAUUCAGUGACGAACUAAUAAAAGAUGGUGUGUAUACCUUGUAUUGUCAUUCCUGUACUUUUGUGGGUGUUCCACAAGUUUAUACAACCCCUUAUUGCAACAUUUUGGCCAUGGAGUAAAACCUCCACCAUCAAGGACGAGAAAGGUUGUGGAAAGGCAGAUCAGGGAAAUUCAACAGAAAAUGGAGUCCAUCAAAAUGGCACAGUAACCAAAGCAGAAGAGACUCUAGCAGGGGAAGGUAGCAAAAAGGAGAACUGACGACUGUUGUUUCAUGUUGUGAGAUAGUUGUGACUAUGUGUUCUCCUUAAUCAUCAAAUGUGAAAUAAGUGAUACAGGAUACCAAUGGUUGGUCACGGUAUAAUGUGACAAAGAAUCAAAGACAUACUCUUGAUCAAGUGUACUGUGAUUCAUCAAUUCUAUACUCGUGUCCUCAGAUCUCUCAAUGAACAUUGAUUCUAUUCUCGUAUCCUCAGAUCUUUCAAUGAAUGUUGGAGUAUUGGAUAAAGAGAUCGUGAUCUAUUAACUUCUUUGGUUUAUAUUCUUAGAAUGUGUUAUAUUAAUGUUAUAGAAAAAAUUUUACUCGGCAAAAUGAAUUAUUGAAACAAA